AGGAAAUGAUUUCAAUGGAGGAGAAGAACACAUACGGCAAAAGAAAGACUGUUCCUCUGAUUCCGGCUAACUACAUCAGCAUCCUUCAGCUCCAGGAGCGUUGGCUCAAUGAGAAAGAGAAGAAGCGAAAGGAAGAAGAAGAGAGACGACGGAAACUACAGGCUGAGGAAGAGAAAAAGAUAGAGGAAGAAGAUCUGAAGAAAGCGGAGGAGGAGAAGCGUAUGAAUCGAAGUAAUCGGAAGCAUUUUGGGAGAAAAAAGGAAUCUAUAGACGGCGGAGAAGCACGAUUCGUUGAGAAGGAGAAACCGGAAGUCACGGUGGCGAUCGAGAGCGGUGGAGGUGAAGAUGCGGCGGAUGGAUUACCGAAGAAGAAGAAGAAGAAGAAUAAGGGAGCUUGGAGGAAACGAUAUAAUAGCAAGACGAAUAAAAAUCAAGAUGGAGCUGUGGUUGAGGAUGUCAUCGAUUGCGGUUGUGUAUCAUCAAUCGUGCCGCCUGAGUCCGUCGUGACGGAGAAUAAUACUCCGGUGAAAGAUGUGGUUCCAGUUUAUUGGAUGAAAGCGACCAAAUCUAAAGAGAUUACCAAAUCAAUGGCCAUAGAAACACAGUUUGAGAACUUCUCUAUCAAUAGAGGAGAAGCCAAAACUCUCAAGACACAAACCAAAUGGAGAUAUCGUAAUCGGCCAAUGCCGAGAGGAGCUUCUUCUUCUACAAUGGUGUGGGUGAAGAAAGAGCAGAACGAGAGAGCUGGUGAUGGAAUUGCAAGUGGCGUGAAGCCAUUUAAUGCGUAACGUUUCCUUUAAGGUUUUCUGCUUAGCUCUGGAAUGCUACUAUUCUUGGAUGUUCAUUGAACAGAGAGAUGAUGAUGGUGUUGGAUUAAAGACUCUGAAGCAUUAGGGACUAAUGGUUUGAGGUUAAUUGUAAGCAAAUGUACAUAAGUUUGUAAGUAUAAAGAACAUGAUUCCAUAACAGUUUUUGGUGUUCUGCUUGUGCUACUUGAAAAUACUUUUGAAUUUCGGUUUGAGUGUUGCAAAUCUGGACAAUAUCAUAAACAAGCCUACAAAUUCAAUU